CUAUAAUGACCGGUUCACACACAACUUUCCCUGCUUUGCUUACUUCACAACAAAGCAUCUCUUCAUCAAAACCUUUCUUUUUAUUUCACUUCACAUUUGGAAAAAUCUUAACUUUCAUUGUAAAUAAAUCCGAUGAAAAAUUGCUUACCAACCAAACCACCAAAGGCAAAUGAAGUUACCGAUUUUGGUGCAAACGGACCAAAACGGCAGCGCUGUUGCAGAGUGGACACUGAAAGCCGAGCCGAGCGCAAAACUGACGAAUGCGAGAAAUAAGCAGCGAGAAAGUGGAAGCUGACCGAAGCUGAACGUGUAGUUGUUCAAUGCAAGAAAACAGUACUGAAGUGUUUUUCAGCGCUGACUCGCGUUGAAAUUGCGCGUAUUAUUCAGUUGAUUUUAAUGCAAUUCGUGACUAUAUGUAUGUAUGUAAUAUUGAGCACAAAUAUGGAUAUUAACUUAUUGAUAAGUGAAGUUUUUGCUCGCCCUGCUCUAUGGGAUCGAAAAAAUAAAAAUUAUCACAAUAGACAACUGGUUGAACAUCUAUGGAAAUCAGUUGCAAGAGAAAUGAAUUUAAAGAAGGAAGAGGUAAAGAAAAAAUGGAAGUAUAUUCGCGAUCAAUUUCGAGCUGAAUUACGUAAAAUAUCUGUUCCGAUAUCUGCAGAUAGUGCUAAUAUGGAAUCAGAUUUUAAUUCGAAGUGGCCUUACUUUAAACAACUAUUAUUUUUGAAAGACCAAAUGAAGCACCGGGAGCUAAGCGGAAACUUAAAGAAAAUAAGUACUAUUCCGGAUGAAAGUGGUAACGAAGAUCCACUAGAAGUAAAUGAUGAUAUAAGUAGCUGGAAUAUAUCUCCAGUCGAAGACACGGACGAUACCUGCGAUAAAUUUGAACUUAAUAUUCCGCCUCCAACGAAAAAGAAAUUUUUAAGCCACACAAAGAAUACUUCGCACCAAUUGGAAAUUGAAAAACGUAAAUUACGCUUAAUUGAAAAGAAACACUCAGAAAAAAAAGAACGAGAUGAAGAUCAGGCCUUUUUCGAGUCUCUUCUGCCGCAUGUUCGUAAACUGGAACCCGAAGCUAAAUUGUUAUGUCGAAUGGAUAUUCAGAAUACUGUAUAUAAUCACGUAUACCAAAAAUAUAAAAAACCUCCAAUAGUUUGCACAUACACCCAAACACCAAUUUCAAACGAUAAUUUACAAUAAGCAGUUGUAACUUCACCCAUCAGAACUCUUCAGGCCCAAAUGUGUUUACUUUGGAUUUGACGUGGACUCAACAGUUUCAGCCAAACUCUAUUACUUAAAUUGAAUAUGUGUAAACGUAUUAUACUUUUGUCUACUUCAGCAACUUUUAAUUACCAGUAAAUCAUUUGUGUUUGAGUGUAAGUGCCUGUACAAUGUGAAGUAAAGUAAUAAUUUUAAUAAAAUUUAUAUUUCUCACUUUAUAGUUA